AUGGCUAUGCACUAUUUGAUUCUGCUCUCGCGCCAAGGCAAGGUGCGUCUGGCCAAAUGGUUCAUUACACUCUCGCCCAAGGAAAAGGCCAAGAUCGUCAAGGACGUGUCGCAACUCGUGCUGGCCCGCCGUACGCGCAUGUGCAAUUUUCUCGAGUACAAGGACACCAAGAUCGUUUACCGCCGAUAUGCCUCCCUCUUCUUCAUCGCCGGGUGCUCCUCGGACGACAACGAGCUGAUCACGCUCGAAAUCAUCCACCGCUACGUCGAGCAGAUGGAUAAGUACUACGGCAACGUGUGCGAGCUGGACAUUAUCUUCUCCUUCACCAAGGCCUACUACAUCCUGGACGAGCUGCUGCUGGCCGGCGAGCUGCAAGAGAGCAGCAAGAAGAACGUGCUGCGCUGCAUCUCGCAGCAGGAUGCCCUUGAGGACAUGGAGGAGUCGGAGAAGAUCGAAAAGGCGCUCAAGGAGACGGGAUUUUUAUAA